CAGGCAGGCACGCCGCCCUGCCGCACACCCACGUGCGAUGGCACCCGGGGCGCUGCCGCCAGGCCAGCGGCGUGACUCCGCGCCCGACGCGCCUGCACGCGGGCACAGCGGCUGCUGGCACAGCAGCCGUGGGCUGCGGCGGACUCGCGGCCCUGCUCUUCGCCUGUCCGUGCGAGCGCGCGGGCGGCGCCCCCGCGCGUCGCGCCGUGGGGCGGCGCUCCUCGCUGGGGGCAGGGGCUGGGGCCUCUCGAGAGCCGUGGGUUGGUUAGGUCCUCUGGGGACCGCCGCUGGCGCAGGCAGAACAGGGCGCGGUCUGGCUCGAUGAUUCGGUGCUCGCCUUGCAGCUGGGCCAGGAGGGCCCCAGAAGCGAGCUGUUGGAGCUGUGCAUGCAGCUCGAGGGCUCCAAGGACGGGCGGAGUGUCAGCAACCGCGGCGGCUGGCAGAGCAAGGACCUCACCGGCAGUAGGCAUCGCAGCUUGAGCGUGCUGGCACGCUUGUUGCCAGUGCCAGCAGCUGCGUUCCUUUGGCGCCAGCGGCGGGGCGAGGCGCCCUCCAGGCUGCGGGACACGGCGUCAGCUGGUGAGCUGUGCAUCACCACGGCCAUGGAUUCGCUCUGGGCCAACGUGAACCGCCCUGGCAACUGGAACGCUCGGCACGACCACGGGACGGGCACACCGUCGGUCAUCGCCUCAUGCGUCUAUUACCCAGGUGGCGGCGCCUGCGGCGCGGCUGGCAUCCGGCUGUUUCCAGAAGGGCGACCAGUGGUGCGUGUGGUGCCACGCCCCGGGCUGUUACUGCUGUUCCCGCCAUGGCUGGAGCACGAGGUUGAGCCCCUUCCAGCUGGCUGCGAGCCCCGUGUCUCAGUGGCCUUCAAUGUGCGUGUGCGCUGGCCCUGCGUGGCGCUCCACCGCGCGUCACUGGCAGGCUGCCUGGACGAUGUUUUGCAGCUGGUGCACGCAGGGGCGGAUCUGGACGCUGCGGACCCCGCUCUCGGGCUCGCUGCCAUCCACCUCGCCGCGGAGGCUGGGCAUGCGCCUGUGGUGGAGGCGCUCGCGGCGGCCGGCGGGAGCGUCUCACAGGUCUCGCACGAGGGCUGGUCGCCUCUCGGCCUGGCCGCCGACAGGGGCCACGAGGCCGUGGUGAGCGCACUCCUCGGGAUGGGCGGCGGCGCGGCCCCCGAGGCCGGCCCAGCGCUCAGCGCACCGCUCGUGGAGCAGUCCGGCUGGGCAGGCGUCGGUGGCGCAUUGGCGGUGGCGGCGGCGCGGGGGCACCUGGGCGUCGCCAGGCUGCUGGCGGGCGACCCCGGCCACCAGCCCCUCGGCUUCGCUGCCGCCGAGGGCCACGCCGCGCUGGUGGAGCACCUGCUGUCCCGGCGCGCCGCGGUAGGGGGGCCGCCUGCGGAGCCGGGCGGGGCGCGGCUGCGCUCGCCGCUGCACGAGGCCGCCGGUCGCGGCCACGCGGAGGUGGUGAAGCUGCUGCUGGGGGGGCGGGCGGACCCCUGCGCUCGCGACGCGGACGGCGCGUACCCGGACAUCUUCGGCUGGCGUCUGGAGCCGCACCGGGCGGCUAUCGAACGGCUUGCGAUUCGGACGGAGCGCUCGCCCUCCUCCCUUCGUCUCCCGCUUCCUUUCUCCGCUUUCCCUUCGCAUCCAUCGUCCAACGGCCUCGGGAGUCCGCCCGCCGCAGUCUCUGCGCGCUCUCUUGGCCCGUUGUAGUUUUAGUCGGGGAUGCGCGGCUUCGCCGAGAGCUCCAGGGCGCGCGCGGUGGAGUGUAACUGCAGGCGCGCUGCAGCUCAGCAGAUUGCGACGAUUCUUCGUCGCCCCGUUCGCCGUCGCCUGCCCUUGUUACCCUGGCUCCACGAGGUCGGGGCCAGUUCGAGGCCCCUUGUCCUGUUGCCGCCGCUGCUCGCCGCCGGCCUUCCCGGGGCUCGUGCAGCGGCCGGCUUAGUCGCGGCUGGAUCGCGCGAUCGGCCGGCCCGCCCCUUCGCCCCUGCGGCGCCCCCCCCCCCCCCCACCCCUAUGGCGCCCGCCCUUCGGAGGGGGUCCGCUGGCGUGCGCCGCCAGCUGCGUUGUUUGAGCCGCUAGUUGCGCGCCGCCCGAUUAGUUUCGUUCGGACAUGGUUCCUCGGGGGCCCGGCGCGUUGCGGGGUUGAGCGGGG